GCGGUUUCGUGUAAUUUCAGCGAAAAUGAUCAAUUCGACGAGCAUGGUUGCUCGGCAGGCGGUGAGGAGGUUUAUGACGAGCGCAGUUCGCAGGGGAGGUCACGAUCCUUACGACGGUGUGCCAGGAUACAACUUACCAUUCAGCACGCAAAACAGGCAUAAAUUGUUGGCCCUGUUUAUGAUCUUCUGCGGUAGUGGAUUCUCCAUUCCCUUCUUAGUGGUCCGUCACCAGUUGUUGAAGUAAAUUUCUGGUUAACCUGGAUGCAUUGUAGUAGUGUAGUAUCAUACCAAUGCUGUAAGGCUGUACAAAAAUUAUUGCAAUAGGAAAUGUAUGUGUUUAUAAUAAAAAUCAUUCUUUAACAUAUGACAUUUGUCAUAUCUAAACUUAACUUUGAAUUUUUACAACAAUGUUAAUGGAGAUAAUCUAAUUUCUACAAUCUUACAAAUACGAGG